CGGCAUCAUACCCGAGUGACACGUGAUCAAUCCUGGGGUGACAUCACGCGGUGCUGACUAACAACGACAGCGAAUCACGGGGCCGCUAAACCUCGUCAACCGGAAGGCCCGACGUCCGUAUAAUCCCACCGUCUGUUCAAACGCAGACGACGUUCCACCUUCGACCUGUCAGGCCGCAACCACCAUGUUCCCUCAACGCAACAUUCUUCGUCUGGCUCAGCGCUCUGCGCAGCAGCAGCGUUCCGCUCCGGUUCGCUCCACCAUUCAGCGCCGGUUCAACAGCACUGACUCCAAGCUUCCCUGGAUGGUCGACAACGAAUUCAACCGUGAGAGAGCGGCUGUCAAGCACCACGCUGCUUCUACCAGUGAUCUCUGGCGCAAGCUCUCCAUCUAUGCCGUUAUUCCUUGCCUCAUCCUUGGCUCCCUCAAUGCUUACAACCUCUGGGAAGAGCACUGGGAGCACUGGGAGCACAUGCCUCCCCUUGAGGAGCGUGUGGAAUACCCAUACCAGAAUAUCCGUGUGAAGAACUUCCCCUGGGGAGAUGGUGACAAGACCAUCUUCUGGAACGACAGCGUCAACUACCACAACAAGGAUAAGGCUACCUAAACCUUUGACGGACGGCGUUACAGCCUUCAAUCGGCGGUUCUCGGAACCUAUAGCGAGGAAAGAAGUGUAUAUUUACUGCAGUGAGCAGAUGAUUGAACGGGGAGUGGUGGGAUCUGUUGACAAAUGAAGAGUUUUACCAUAGUGCAGGUGUUGACUUAGUCUUUCUUGUUAGAAAUCGAAGAUGUGUAUCAUUUGGCUUUUCAGGUCGCCUGGAAAGUAAACUUAAGCCCUCCGAACUAGGACCUCAUCACCUUUCAGUACUACCGAGCCGCUGCAAAUCCAGGUACUUUGCUGCAUAGUCAUUCGCAAGGACCAAAUCACCGGUCAAGUGCAUCACUGUAGCCUUUUUU